AUGGAAGCUACGAGGCGCUGGCUUAGUAAGUUCAGGUCAAAAAAUAAGGAAGCUGCAAGCAAGGCGAAAGAAGGGUCGAAACCACCGAUCAAUGAAGAUCCGCCUUCAAGUGCAACUCAACAGAGGGUUGAAGCGGCAAAGCAUUACAUAGAAAAUCAUUAUAAGAAGCAGAUGCAGAGCCUGCAGGAGAGGAAGGAAAGACGUAAUAUGCUAGAAAAGAAAUUGGCUGAUGCUGAAGUCACCGAGGAAGAGCAGAACAAUUUGCUUAAGUAUUUGGAGAAAAAGGAGACAGAGAUCAUGCGCCUUCAGAGACAUAAGAUGGGGGCUGAUGACUUUGAGCCCAUGACUAUGAUUGGGAAGGGUGCGUUUGGAGAGGUUAGAGUCUGCCGGGAGAAGGCAACUGGGCAUGUAUAUGCUAUGAAGAAGCUUAAGAAAUCAGAGAUGCUUCGUAGAGGACAGGUUGAACAUGUCAAAGCUGAGAGGAACCUUCUAGCAGAAGUUGACAGCAAUUGCAUUGUAAAGCUUUAUUGUUCUUUUCAAGAUGACGAGUAUUUAUAUCUCAUAAUGGAGUAUCUACCUGGUGGAGAUAUGAUGACACUGCUAAUGCGGAAAGAUAUACUGACUGAAGAUGAAGCUAGGUUCUAUAUCGGGGAGACUGUGCUAGCCAUAGAGUCUAUUCAUAAACAUAACUAUAUUCAUAGAGAUAUCAAGCCUGACAACUUGCUGCUGGAUAGAAGCGGUCACAUGAAAUUAUCAGAUUUUGGAUUAUGUAAGCCGCUCGACUGUACUAACCUUCAAGAAAAAGACUUAUCUGUUGGAAUUAACAGAAGCGGAACACUUCAAAGCGACGGACGUCCAUCGGCUCCUAAACGAUCACAACAGGAGCAACUACAGCAUUGGCAGAAAAAUCGCAGAAUGCUGGCCUAUUCUACGGUUGGUACGCCUGAUUAUAUUGCUCCAGAAGUUCUGUUGAAGAGAGGAUAUGGUGUAGAAUGUGAUUGGUGGUCUCUAGGAGCCAUAAUGUAUGAAAUGCUUGUGGGGUAUCCACCAUUUUAUUCGGAUGAACCAAUGGCAACUUGUAGAAAGAUUGUAAAUUGGAGAACAACUUUAAAAUUUCCAGAAGAAGCUAAACUAUCACCAGAUGCAAAGGAUCUUAUUUGCAGACUCCUAUGUAAUGUGGAGCAGAGGCUGGGAGUCAAAGGAGCUGAUGAAAUAAAGGCUCACGCAUGGUUCAAAGGCGUUGAAUGGGACAAGUUGUACCAAAUGGAAGCUGCUUUUAUGCCUGAGGUCAAUGAUGAACUAGAUACUCAAAAUUUUGAGAAAUUUGAAGAGGCGGACAAGCAAACUGAACCUUCCUCAAAGGCAGGGCCGUGGAGAAAGAUGCUUCCGUCUAAAGAUAUUAACUUUGUUGGUUACACAUACAAGAAUUUAGAAAUUGUGGGCGAAAGUGUAAUACCUGGAAUUGCUGAAUUGAAGAAGAAAACGAAACCGAAAAGGCCAUCUAUUAAGUCCUUAUUUGAUGAUGAAUCAGCCAAGGCUUCUUCUAAUCAACCUGCUAGAGGGAGCUUCUUAAAUCUGUUACCUCCUCAGAUGGAAGUGCCAGAGAAAAAUGAAUGA